UGAAGGUUGAUGCCACGAGCUAGUGGCAAGCAGCAGGUGGCGGCUGUAAACAAACAUAAGCUAAGCUAACAAGAAGCAGUCAAGAAGAGUUAAAAGUGCUUCUGGGAGCAACAAAUGGCGAUGGUGCUUGGUAAGACGCGAGCCAGUUGUGUUCUGGUUCUGCUGAGUCUGUGGCUGUGCAUCCAGUCACUGCCCAUUGUGGUGGACCAAAGCAAAGAGAACAUAACCAGCAAAGAGGGCGAACUGGAUCCCCCACAAAGUGUAAACACUGGGCUACACUAUGACCGCUACCUCAGGGAGGUCAUCGAAUACCUGGAGAAAGACCCCUACUUUCGGGAGAAGUUAACCAACACCAACGUCGAAGACAUCAAGGAAGGUAAACUCGCCAAAGAACUGAACUUUGUCCACAACAAUCUACGCACCAAGCUGGAUGAGCUGAAGAGGGAGGAAAUGGGCAGGCUGCGGAUGCUCAUCAAGGCCAAGCACGACUUGGAGGCGGGGGAUGGCUGGAAAGUGGACCACAAAGCCUUGCUGAAACAAUUUGAACAUCUCAACCAUGACAAUCCGCAUUCAUUUGAGCCGGACGACCUGGACCGCCUCAUCAAAGCGGCUACGAGCGACCUUCAAAAUUUUGAUAAGGAACGCCACAAUGACUUCAAGCAGUACGAGAUGAUGAAGGAGCACGAGAGGCGGGAGAAGUUGAAAGCCAUGUCGGAGGAGGAGCGCAAAAAGGAGGAGGAGCGCUACCAGGAGAUGAAGAAGCAGCGCGCCCACCACGCCAAAGUUAACCACCCGGGAAGCGAAGACCAGCUGAAGGAGGUGUGGAAGGAGUCAGACGGCCUUGACCCGAUCGACUUUAAUCCGAAGACUUUCUUCAAACUGCAUGACACCAACGGGGAUGGCUUCUUGGACGAGAACGAACUCGAGGCCAUCUUCUCGCUCGAGCUUGCCAAGAUGUACAAGUCCACCGAUAAUGAAUACGACAUGAUGCGGAUGCAAGAGGAUCGGCUGCGCAUGAGAGAGCAUGUCAUGGUUGAGGUGGACACCGACAAAGACAGACUGGUGUCGCUCGCCGAGUUUAUCGAGAGCACAAAGACGAUGGAGUUCAAACAAAAGGAGGAGUGGGAGACAAUGGAGGACCGAAACGCACCUUUUACCGAAGAGGAGCUGGCGGCAUUUGAGCAGCAGCUGUCCCAAGAAGGCAAGAUGAUCAUGCAACAGGCGGAGGAGCUGCAGAAGGAACACGAGGAGCUCCAAAAGAAGCAAGAGGCGCUCAACGCGCAUAAGCUCAACAUUCAGCAGGCCAUGGAUGAUCUGGAGAAGAAAAAAAGCCAAUCCAAGUCUUGACGUCAAGGAGUCUGGAGGCGUGGGAGCUGCAGGUGAACAGGCGCUAAACGGGCAACCGUCGCAAACAGCCCCUGUGCUCUGACAUGAUUGACGGGUGUGUUUGUGUGCGCGCGUCAUUUCAACCUUCUGUAUGUUUGUUUGUUUGAAGUACCAUUAAAUAAAAGUAAGGUUGCAAAGGCUUGGGAAUUUAACGUGGGGAAAUAUCUUUAAUUUCCCUAUUAGGGGCCAAUCUUUAAUUUUAUCAAUUCCUGCUUUCCAACUUUGAAGAAUUCCUGAAAUGUUUCAUAUUAUUUAUGCAUUUAUUGAAUUAAAUUUAUAUCUACUGUUGUAAGAACCACAUCUUCAUAAAUGUUUACUUUUCAUGUCAUUUUAUUUAUUGAAAUCAUUUGAUAUUUGGAAUCAUUCCUUUGGUGUUUGUGAUAUACCAUUAAUGCAUCUCCCAGCAGAUCGCACUUCCUGAGUUCCAACAUUUGAUCAUCAUUUUGGUCCGAGUGACAAUAUAGCGAAUGAAGUGGCAAGUUUACAGUCUUUUUCUUAUCCAUGUACCGUAUUUUCCGGACUACAAGGCGCACCUAAAAACCUAAAAUUUUCUCAAAAGCCGACAGUGCGCCUUAUAGUCCGGUGCGCCUUAUAUAUUGACCAAAUUCCUAAAUUGAAACUGGCCCGAAGGAUUGUGUCAUGAAAUCAAUCAUAAGUGGCCCGCUGAAGACUAUGAAUCAUGAAUCAAAAAGACUAUGGAUCAUUAUUUUGUGAUUAUGAAAUAAUUUGUCUGAAGUUGAAAUAAGAAAGAUAAAAUGGAGAAUGAUUUGAUUUGGAUUAAAAAUCUGACAUGAUGCAUUAAUAGUGCGCCUUAUAGUCCGGUGCGCCUUAUAUAAGGACAAAGUUUUAAAAUGGGCCAUUCAUUGAAGGUGCGCCUCAUAGUCCGGUGCGCCUUAUAGUCCGGAAAAUACGGUAGUACUUUUAAAUUUCUAUGUAAAGAACUGAUCAAUCAACUAACUAUAAUUCGAAAUAAUAAUUUGCAAAUUAAAUUGCUGCGGCUCAAAAUGUGCAGUCUU